CGGAGCUGUCGGGCUGCAUUUUAAUAAUCUCACUCCAGUCGUUUGGCUUUUUUGUUUGUUUAUUUUAUUCCCCACGUGGCAAAUCAACAAUGGAAUUAUUCUCUCGAUAUCUGGAUCGAAGCAAUUCAAUCAGCUCUGUCAUGACUCAGGAAAUCAUAAAAGAGGAGCACCUUAGAGAUGACCUGAAGUAUUAUUUCAUGAGCCCCUGUGAGAAGUACAGGGCCCGACGACAUGUACCCUGGAAAAUGGGAGUCCAGAUUCUGAAAAUCAUCAUGGUUACCUCACAACUCAUCAUUUUUGGCCUCAACAACCAGCUGGUGGUUUCCUAUAAGGAAGAGAACACCAUGGCACUCAAAAACCUUUUCUUAAAGGACUACAAAGGAGUGGAUGAGGAUGACUACAGUGUUGCUGUUUACACCAAGCGUGACUUCUAUGACAGUCUGUUCUAUGUCAUGAAUCAGUACAGCCAGCUGGACCAGCUCUCCGUGGGUCCGAUCAGUUACGCAGAGGAUGUAAAUGGCAAGCUGCUGCCUCUCAUCAUGUGUAAAAAGUAUUAUAAGAGGGGCAGUGUGGAGCCUUCAGAAGAGGCGUAUAACAUUGAUGCCCAGCUGGAGACAGUUUGUAUGUCACAUGAUCCAAAGACUGCAAACCUGUGGAGAACAGAGAAUUCAUCCUUUUUUGAUCUGGAUUUUUACAGACUUGUUGACAUCAAAAUAACAUUCCAGCUGAGCGGAAUCAACCUGCAGACAGUGCGUUCACGGGAGUUACCUGACUGCUAUGCCUUCUUUGUUACGAUAACAUUUGACAACCAGUGUCACAGUGGAAAAAUGAAAAUAUUCCUAGACAUAGAAGCUCAGAGCAGUGCAUGCCGAGACUGGAAGAUAUCGGGGACAGCUCAGAAGAACACACACUAUCUGCUGGUAUUUGAUGGCUUCGUUAUUCUGAUGUGCCUCACGUCAGCCGUGCUGUGCACUCGCUCCAUCAUACUGGCUGUCAGGUUACUCCAGAGAUUCUCCAGAUUCUUUCAUGAAAACUUCAAUCGUAAAGUGUGUGAGGAUGACCAGAGGGAAUUUCUGAAUGGCUGGUACUUGCUGGUCAUCGUUAGCGACCUUUUAGCCAUUAUCGGAUCGAUUCUGAAGAUGGAGAUACAGGCAAAGAACCUAACAAAUUAUGACGUGUGCAGUAUCUUCCUGGGGACGUCUACAUUAUUGGUGUGGGUUGGUGUGAUCAGGUACCUGGGAUACUUCCAGAAAUACAAUGUGCUGAUCCUAACCAUGAAAGCAGCCUUUCCGAAGGUCCUGCGUUUCUGCUGCUGUGCUGGCAUGAUCUACCUUGGCUACACCUUUUGUGGAUGGAUCGUACUGGGGCCGUACCACGAGAAGUUCGAGGGUCUCAGCCUUGUGGCCGAGUGCCUGUUCUCCCUGCUGAACGGAGAUGACAUGUUCACCACCUUCGCCCAGCUAAAGGACAAAAACACCUUGGUGUGGCUCUUCAGUCGGGCUUACCUCUACUCCUUCAUCUCCCUGUUCAUCUACAUGGUGCUGUCCCUCUUCAUCGCUCUCAUAACCGACGCCUAUGAGACCAUCAAGAGCUACCAGAAAAAUGGGUUCCCACAGACUGACCUGCAGAAGUUUCUCCACGAGCCAACAGAGCUUCCUAAUGUAGAGGAGAGCAAUCAGAUGGAUGUUAACAUGAGACACUCUGCACUCUGCUGCUGCCAACGAGUUCCAGCAAAUGAUGAUAUAAUACUUACCUGUAUCAGCUGAUGGCUGCCCCACCUCCCGAUGAGGCAGUUCAGGGAGGAAGACGCUGGGAACAGUACUUCACAUGUUUGAUGCAAACUUGCUGCUCAAACACUUGUACUGAAAAAUCCCGGAGUGUUUCGACUUGUAGAUGUUUAAGAUCCUGUGAAGUGCAAUGAGUUUCCUCCACUGAAUGUGAGUCUGGAGCUGGAGAUGCAGAGCUGGAACUGGGACUAAGAAGAAAGGGUUUCUUGGAUUAACAGUAUAAAUUCAUAAUACUGCUUAGACGUUUCAUUGGCUGGUCUGUACAUGCACUAAGAUGCCAAGAAGCUGGGUCCAGUGCUGAUGGAGUGUUAGAUUUAAUUUAUUUGUCAAAUGUUGAAGUAAAGAUU